AUGAAGGACAUGUUUUCUGGGGGAACAGAGACUUCAUCAACAUUAAUUGAUUGGGCCAUGGUGGAGAUGAUGAGGAAUCCAAGUGUACUUUUGAAAGCUCAAGCUGAGAUAAGAAAUGCUUUCACAGAAAAAGAAACUUUUGAUGAAAAUGAUGCCGAAAAAUUGAAAUACCUUAAGUUGGUUGUUAAAGAAACUUUCAGACUCCAUCCUCCAGGACCCCUUUUGAUCGCAAGGGAAUGUAGGGAAGAAGUAGACAUAAAUGGCUAUACUAUUCCUUUGAAAACAAAAGUUAUGGUUAAUGCAUGGGCUAUCGGAAGAGAUCCUAAAUAUUGGAUUGAUGCAGAAUGUUUCAAACCUGAGAGAUUUGAGCAAAUUUCAGUAGAUUUUAUUGGUAACAGUUUUGAAUUUCUUCCGUUUGGUAGUGGAAGGAGGAUUUGUCCAGGGAUAUCAUUUGGUUUAGCUAAUAUUUUUUUCCCACUAGCUAAAUUGUUGUAUCACUUUGAUUGGAAACUUCCUAUUGGAAUCAAUCCAAGUGAUUUGGACUUAACUGAAUCUGCUGGAAUAACUUGUGCUAGAAAGAGUAACCUAUACUUGAUCGCGACUCCUCAUCAACCUUGUCAAGAGUGA